GAAAGUUGGCUGUUGAGAAUAGAGUUUAUAAAUGCAAGAUCCUAACUACCGGAAUACGUGCAGUGACCGGAGCAGUGAUGAACGAAUUUACAUCUCUAAAGCGGAAGUCUGAUAAGCCCCCACUCUCCAACAACGAUAAUGAUGAAACUUCGACAAAAAAAGCGAGAGUAGAAAAUAAAAAUCAGGAAACAAUUGAUUAUCAUUAUGAUGAAAAUUUAUGUAAGAAAUCUAUAGUAGAAACCUUUCCAGCCGACUUUGAUUUAAAUAAGUUUCGAAAAGAACUCAUUGAAGAUCUUAAUGCAAGCUUUCGUAGUGAACUCCAAAAUAUCAAGAUGGAAGUGGAAAAAAUUAAGUCUCAUGUGAUAAUGUAG